AUGCCGGAAUCCGCCUCUGGUCACCAACCGACUGAAGCUUCAGCCUCUGAGACCACUGGUCUUCCUCCAAAGUCUUUACCUGUUGGUCCAAACCCUUUCUCGGUCUUAGCGACGUCUGAUGCUGUUGAAGAUGAAGACCUCACUCGUCUCCAGUCGCACGCGACUUCUGCUACCUCUGUUCUUCCAUUUGAGGACUCCCUCCCUCUAGACUAUGAUCACCCACCGUCAACUUCUGCUCUGGUCGCGCCCCCAUCCAUUGCCUCCCCUUCGGCUGUUCCUUCGACGUUGACCCUGAAGAUGACAUCUGCUACUGCUACCUUUCUGUCGUCUGCUUUUGCUACUUCCACGUCAUUAUCUGCUCCGCCGUCUACUUCUACAUUUACCACGCCGUCGUCUGCUACUACCUCACCAUCGCUUGCUCCCACUACUUCCACCUUAUCGCCUGCUGCCGCUGCCGCUGCUUCCACCUUGCCAGUCAUGUGCAUUACCAAUCCACCGUCUUCUGCUACUGCUUAUAUCCCACCGUCCGCUGCUGCUACCACUCCGUCGUCGUCUAUUGCUACUUCCACACCACCAAUCAUGACAAUUCCCCUCACUAGUCCUGCACAUAAUUCAGAGGUUCCUUUGCCCUAUCCCUCAGGGCCCUCCAGAGCACCCUUUGCUGGCUCUGAGCCUUCCUAG